UUAUCCUUACCCUUUCAGAGUCUCAGAUCUGAUCAAUUCCAAAUGGAACAAGAAUUAUCGGACAGAAUGAUUAAGAUCAAACUCUCUGACAAAGAAGGUGACGAAGUUGAACUUCUGGACACUGACAUAGCUCUGGGAUUGCAUGAGUGCCAAUUAAGUCUUAUUGGCAAGAGCUACGGAGAAAAAAGAAUCAACUUUAACGGUCUGAAGACGACACUAUCAGGAAUUUGGAUCACCAAAGAACCAUUCACGAUUAAAAACCUAGGAGGAAACAAAUUCCAAUUUCUCUUCCAGAACGAAGAAGACAAGGAGAAGAUCUUAAAUGGGAAGACGUGGUCUUUCGACGGCCAAUAUCUGCUGCUCAAGAACUGGGACCCAACAAACCUAGAUUUUCAGAAAGAAGAAGAAGUCAUCAAAAUAUGGGUUCAGAUUAUCAAUCUUCCCCUACACUGGAUAUCUGCUGACUCGGGACUGAAGAUAGGAAGGAAAAUUGGAAGGGUCUUAGAUGUCCUGCUCCCAGGGGCAGGUAAUUCCAAUGGCCAAAUAAUGAAGAUUUUAGUCGAAUUAAAGCUAUCAGAGCCUCUCCUCAGAGGAACCAACAUCAAGCAAGGAAGUGAAAAUCGUUGGCUAGACUUCAGGUACGAGAGUAUUCAAGGUUUCUGCUAUUACUGUGGUCUAAUAGGACAUUCCGACAGGAACUGUUCCUUUAAAAAAAAGGAUAUUCUUAAUAAUGUGCUCAAAGUUGGUCAGUUUGGUGAUUGGUUAAGGGCUAGCAGUAUCAUCCCUUUUGGGCAUAGGAAUCCCUCCAGUAACAAUUCUGAGAGUCAAGAUGAUGAUCAGGAUGUCAUCAAAUCCCCGAAAACCAGUUUUGAUAAGAGUGUUAUUGGUGAUAAAACUUCUGAUCAAGAAGUCAUAAGAGAGCAAUCUCUUUCUCCUAAUCAACAGUUAGUUGAGACUCACCCUGUUGAUAGCAACACCAAUCUAGUGUCUGCUAACAUCUCAAAAGAGAUGUACCCUCCUGAAAGGGAGGUCCAAGAGAAUCAACAGCUCUUGGAUUCUCACCUUAUUGAAGUCACUGUUUUGCCAUCCUCUAGUGAGAACAAGUCUAAGAUCAGACAACGAAAAUCAUACACCAGAAAACCUAAAUCAGGUGCUCUGAUGAUCUCAGAAGCCAUGGUGGUUGACACUGAGAUGGAUAAAUUCUCCAUUCCUAAUCAAAAAAAGAGAGGCUUAGAAGAUGAAAACUCCAAUGUGUCU